CACGGCAAAUUCAAACUAAUGGGAGAUUUAGAAGAGAAGGAUACGGUUUAAGUUUUCUGCAAAAUCAAGUGAAACAUAACGCUCAGCAAAGACAGAAAGAAAAAAGAAAAGAAAAAAGCAAGUGUUAAAAUUUUCAGCAUACUAAAGGAAAUGCAGCUGACAGUGAAGUUCAUAACUGGAGAGGCGGUCACUCUUAAUGUGACUCCCACCAUGACGGUAGCACAGGUAAAAGCAGAAAUUGAGCGCAAGACUGAUGUGCCAAGCAACCAGCAGCAACUUAUGGUUCAGAAUGGGCAGCCUGUGGAGAUGAGGGAUAAUCAACAGCUGCAGAACUACAGUAUCCCUAAUGACACUAUCAUGAUUGUGGUAAAGAAGGAGGAGCCAAUGAUGAAUGUCUUUCUGAAAAAUGAUAAGGGGAGAACAAGUACCUAUGCCAUUCUCCCAACUCAGAGUGUUUUGGACUUCAAGAGGAAAGUCCAGCAAUUAGAGCAAGUCCCUGUGGAUCAGCAGCGCCUCAUCUAUGAAGGGAGUCAGUUGGAAAAUGGCAAGAAACUUGGUGACUACAAUAUCCGCCCAGAGACAACAAUGUUCUUAAAUUUACGGCUACGUGGGGGUAACCCGCUCCAAGCAAGUGUCUUCAUCUUGCAACUGUGGACUUAAUUUAUUGACUACUAACUGAAAAUCAAUGUUAGCAACUACUAUACUACUUCUUGCAAUCCUUGUUUCAUAGCUAAAGCCUAAUUUUGUGUAGAUAAACAGUGAGUGUUUAUUACCUGUUAGGGAAGCCCUCACAUGUUCUAGUGAAGGUUUUGACUAAUUGCUAUGGAAGAAGCUAGGGGAGUUAUCUUUCCUAAUGGAAUAUCUGUGUUAUUUCAGAUGGACUGUAAAUGUCUUGAAUUAUACUAUGUCAAAAUACAUUCAAGAGGUUCUGGAAUCAGACAAUUUCCUAAAAAGUGAAAAAAACACAGAUAUUAUGCCAGGCUAGGGAACAUGAAUGUGAUUUAUUGAUUUGUAUCAGAAUGUUGUAAAGAAACAAGGUAACACUCAGAAGUGGAUUGUUAAAUCUGAGUUUACAGAAGUUCUUACUGUAGUAAUUCCUUUUAAAUACUCUAGUAGCAAAAUAAGACAAAAUAUGGUUGAUGCUACAUCUUAUCAGAUUGGAUAUCAUAGUCUGACAUGCAGAAACACUUGUCCUUCUGAUAACUUAUUAUUGGCCUUCUGAAAGACUGCAACAACAGUUAGCUUCAGUGAGCGAUGGAGUCCUAACAACACCCCAGAUAAGGUGGGUUUCAUUAGUGAUCUAGGUGCAGGAGGACCUAACCAGAAGGAAAGGUGGAAAGUGGCUAAAUUUGGUUAUAUGUCCCGGGGUGAGGAGGCUAGUCUAAGUCCUACUGCAGGAUCAUGUGAGGGAUAGGCCCAGAACUUCACUUCACCACACAGGGUCUCAGGGGUCCAAACCUGACCAAAGAUUUCACACAUUCUAACCAAGAAUCACAAGUAUGCAGAAGCCUUGCACAGCACCUUAGCACAGCCAGACAUGGCAUCACGCCUGCAAGCCAACGGAUGGGAGGUGGUAAUAAUAUUAGAAGCAUCACAAACAUCUCCAAACCUUGCAGAGGAUGACACUCUCUGUCUCGGGUCUCACUUUUCCCUUCUAGCAUUGGAACAGGAGGAAAUGAAUGGACCAGAUGCAGACAUGGCUUGAUAAUUUUUUUUGGUGAGGGGCUCUUCUGUUAAUAAAACUGUGAAUGUAUUAUACACAAAUGUUAUUUUUUGUAAGACUUUUUCCCAUCCUUUGUGUGUCUAGUCACUUUCUGUAGAUGAGUAGAAAACAGUUAUUCAUUCUUAUAUUUAAUCUCAAGGUACCACAAUAUGUAAGAGUAAAAAAGACACAAGUAAUCACAUAGCAACUGUAAGUUAUGGCUACUACAGGUUAGGGUUCCAUUUUUAUUUUAAUUGUAUGAGAUCAUUUCUUUUCUAAUAAAGAUGAUAUUUUCCUAGCACAUGCAAUUUGUGCUGAAUUUUGCAUUAUUGCAUGUUAUGGCUGAUAUUCCAUGAGACAAGAUAAAUUUCCUAAGCAUCCAUACACAGACAUGGCCACAAUGCUGCAUAUGAAUAUAUUUCUCUUAUAUUUUUUGCGCAUUCAGAAAAUAAACAUAAACUUCUGAUUUGGUGUGGAAUGGUAUGUUAUUAAACCAUUUAUUGUGCACUCAGUUUAUGGUGUAAAAAAUGCAUGUCUUGCUAGAGCUAAUUGUCUGGUGACAUUUUCCUUUGCUGUCCUUUGGUGUAUCAAAAGCAGGAACCACAUUGCCAAGUGCAAAUUCAUCUCUGCAGUCUAGGCUGUGGCUGUGCUGUACUUAGGGAAUUUAUACCAACCUGGUGACUGAAUAAGCUGUUUUUUACCGACAGUUUUGUGCUGCUUUUUAGUAUCUGUUAACCAUACAAACUGUGAUCAUUUUCUGCUGACAGUAAACACAAAGACCCUUGGAACACUGACGUGAUCAUAUAAUUUUUUUUGAACAAUAUAUCUUUUUCAUGUUGUUAAAACACUUAACUUUUGUUAGACCAAUAAAAGGUAUUACGUCACAUCUGUUUUCCAGGUUCUUUGUGUUGCUUUUUUUUCUGUUAGUGGACCAACACAGCAUUUCUUAUUUGUUUAUUCUUCCACUAACAGUACAGUAUUUGAAGAAUGUGUAUUUAAUUUUCACUUGUUUUGUAUGAGUUGUGAUUAUUUGACAUGUACUCACAGUCUUAUUUUGAUUAAAGAAAACAAGAUUACA